AUGGCACAAGAAGAAGUGGUGAAUGUGAGGGUGGACCCUCUGGGAGACGAUGAUGCAGAGGAGCUAGCAGCGCGAUAUAGGACAGAGACACGAAUGGUGGGGGUGGGGGAACCGGUGGGACAAUCCCAGGCGGUGGCCCUGAUAUUGACUCCAAGGCCAAUAAGCCAGGUAGAGCCGGAUCAGUGGCACAUGAAGGCUGACAAAUCCACAAUUACUACGGCGGAUUUGGAGGCUAUCAGGGAAAAAUACCAGAUUCCGGCUGAGGCCAGAAAGGAGGGAAAGGCUCUGAAGAAGAAGAAGAAAAAGAAAAGGAGUGCCCCAGAGGGAGCUGCAGAUGAGUCUGGGGCCAAGAGGGCUAAGGUGGCCCCAACUGAGGUGGAGGCCCCUGUGGCCAAGGAUACCCCAGAGGUGGUGGGGGUCACCCCCACACUGGAGGCUGUGGAGACUGCCCCAACGAUUCAAGAGUUGGAGGAGGAGCGCGUCAAAGCAGAGGAGGAGAAUGGGAGGUUGGUGAGGGAGUUGGAAACAGAGAAGGCGAAGGCGAUGGCAAAGAUGGAGAGUCUGAGGAAGGGAGUGGAAGAGGAAAGGGCGACGGCGGUUGCUGAAAGGGGGGCCCUGCAGAGAGAGCUGGGCGAGGAGAGGGCGAAGGCGGCUUCUGAGAGGGCGGCCUACCCCGAUCUGUGCGUCGCAGCAGUGGAGCAAUAUAAAGGGUCGUCCGAGUUUCAGAUGGCGGUAGAUGCCGCAGUCGCCAGGAGUCUGGCUGGUCAAGAGUCUGGGGGGUCUGGCUGGGGAAAGGACUUAAGCAGUUUUGAGCCACGACCGCCCCCAGUAGAUCCUGUAAAAGAACAAGCCAGAAAGGAGGGGGAAGCUCUGAAGAAGAAGAAGAAAAAGAAGAGGAGUGCCCCAGAGGGAGCUGCAGAUGAGUUUGGGGCCAAGAGGGCUAAGGUGGCCCCAACUGAGGUGGAGGCCCCCGUGGCCAAGGAUACCCCAGAGGUGGUGGGGGUCACCCCCGCACUGGAGGCUGUAGAGACUGCCCCAACGGUGCAAGUAGGAGUUGGGAUGACUGAGGCUGAGCCGAGCGGGAGGGAGUAG